UCUUACACAAUUCCCUUUCACAUUGUUUUACCAUUCUUUAAAAUCUCAUUAAAAAAAAAAAGGAAAAAGUAAACCUCAAAUGGAAGGGUACAAAUUCUUGAAGGAUUUUCGACGAUUUGUUGUACCAUCUUUGGCCAUUGUUUUGAUGUUUUUCAGCAUCCAAGUUAGGGGGCAAAUUAAUACAGCAUGUAGCGCCGCAGUGUUACGUAGCUUUAACCCUUGUAUAAACUUCAUUAGCAGUGGGGGUUCAGGUUCACCAACAUCAGCUUGUUGUCAAUCUCUCAAGGAACUUACGGCGAGUGGCAAAGAUUGCCUAUGCCUUAUUGUUACUGGAAAUGUUCCUUUUAAAGUACCAAACAGAAAUGUCGUAAUUUCCCUACCCAAAGCUUGUAACAAUGGUGGUGUUCCCGUUGAAUGCAAAGCUUCUUCUACCCCUCUUCCAGCUCCAGGUCCAGCUGCCUUAGUACCAUCAGGAUCUCCAAGAUUUCCGAAUCCUAGAUCACCUGCAGCUCCUAGCCCUGAAGGUGAUGAUGUUCCUGAACCAUUUGAUCCUCCUUCGGGACCAGUGGGUGAUACAACACCAUCUCCACCAAAUGGCGGCGGCUUAGGAAAUCCAUACAAUGGAUUUUCACCGCCAUCUUUAUCAGAUGGCGGCUCUGGAAAUCCUGAUACAAGUUCAGGAUUCAGGCCUGAUUUGACUCCUUCCUCUGCCACGGAUUCAAGGAGACUUUCAGUAUUUGUUGUUCUAGCAGCCUGUGGAGCAAUUGCCUUGAAGUUGUACUGAGUUGAUUCCCCCUCACUCCCUUUUGGCAUUUUGAGAUGUACUAGUAGUUUAUGAACAUUUUUUUUGGUGUGUGUAUACAUUGGAGGACAGGUUGGAAAUAUUAUUUGUUGUGUCUUGUAAUCAAGUUGUACUGCAAUAUAAUGAUUUUUUUUUGGGGUUUUGAUAUUUAUAUUUUUCAAUUCUUCCUUCUUUUUUUGAGAAAGAAGCUGUAAAACUUCCCUCCCCUGUUACCAAUAGAAUUUGAUUACUGAUCAAUUGGUGUUUCCUACAAAUU